CGCUCUGUCACGCCACAAAAAAAAGCAACGAAUGGUUUCUUUGAUCGAAUUGCGCCAGCAUCCAAGAUAAAAGGUUUGUAAUUGCAAAAUUCCAUUCGUCUAGAACUGGUCAAGUGUUCCAUUCUAUGCAAUAUACUUCUUCCACGGUGAAGGACGCAUAAAUCAAGUUUUGUCCAUCUUUUUUUGAACAUUUAGCAACAUGAGUGGACCAAUAUUCGGUAGCAGCAGUGCGCUGGGCGGAAGUUCUGGUGGGAACCGACAUCUGGUCGAAUUUCGCGCUGGCCGUAUGAACAUGGUAAACAAGAUGGUUCAUGCGGACAAUCGUAAGGGAUUGGUGUACGUGUACCAAGCGGAAGAUGGCUUAAUUCAUUUCUGCUGGAAGGAUCGUACCUCCGGGACGCUCGAGGACGAUCUUAUUCUGUUCCCGGACGAUUGCGAGUUCAAGAAGCUCGAUUACGUAAAGAAUGGUCGUGUUUACGUGCUAAAGUUUAAGUCAUCCAGCAGGAGGUUGUUUUUCUGGAUGCAGGAACCGAAAACAGAUCGGGACGAUGAGUGGUGUCGUCGAAUCAACGAAGUGAUCAAUAAUCCACCGUCGGGCAAUAGCAUCGGGUCCGGUGGUAGAAGCAGUGGCACUGAUAAUGGUGACCUGCAAUACAUGUUAAAUAACAUGUCGCAACAGCAAAUAAUGCAGCUGUUCGGUGGUGUCGGGCAGAUGGGUGGAUUGAGCAGCCUGCUAGGGUCUAUGACCCGUUCAAAUUCUGGCAAUUCAAGCAGUCGUACCAGUGCAGCGACUCCAUCAAAUCGAACCUUGUCUAGCAGCAACAAUGGUAAUGGUAGCAGCACUACGACUCCAACAGCAGCAUUGAACGCACCAUCGACACCUCGCGCACCGAAGAAAACGAGCGGAACUACGAAACCCACUAGUGGAUCCGGAAGUGCUACUUCAUCUCCGAUGAGCACACCCGUGGUACGAACGGCUGGCAACACCAGCAACAAUGCCGCCGCUGAAGGAGGGUCCAGAAUUUUGCUAUCAGACCUGCAGAACUAUCUGUCCGGUAUUAGUGCGACCGGUGUAGAUGGAUCCGGCUCGAGGCAGAACAUCGAUUUAGCUUCCGCCGUUAAUUCACAAACGCUGGCCUCGAUUAUCUCCGACCAAGACAAAGUGGAUGCGCUGGUCGCACACCUACCUCAGCUGGAAGGUGAUGAGAACAAGAAGGAACAACUGAAAGAAACCAUCUCCUCCCCGCAAUUUCAGCAGGCCCUUUCCAUGUUCUCUAACGCGCUGCAGUCGGGCCAGCUCGGUCCGGUGGUUUCGCAGUUUCAACUCAACGCAGAAGCUGUCGCUGCAGCAAACGCUGGAGAUUUGGAGCAAUUUGUGAAGGCGCUGGAAAAUAGCGAAAAAUCGCCCGCUGAUACGGCAGCUGCAACAAGCAAGCAAUCGACGGGAUCUGCUACUGCGGCUGGCACUGCUUCGGAACAACCGAAAUCAUCAGAAGUCAGCAAGGAGGAGAACGGUCAUGGUAAAGCGCAAAAGAAAGAUCAGGAUGAUGAAAUGGCCGGAUAGAAUAUGCAGCAUUGUUCGAACUGUUCAAUACAAUCAGCACCACACAUCCAUACACAGAAUUGUAAGAGGCUUUAGUAUGAGUAUGUGCCUCUUUUUGUCUUUUUCAUGUUUUAACCUUUCUGCCUCGGCUAUUCCUUAUUAUAAUCACGAAUAAAGGGUUACCCAAAUGCAUUCUACUUUGAA